AUGGAUGAAAGUGAAGUACCUAUCUGUGAUUAUGUGGCCUAUGAAAAUGUCGUAGAAUUAUGUCAGAGAUUCGUCUACGACGUUAGAGUGAUUCACAACAGUAUUCUCGAUUUUGAAUUCGAUUGUCAUCAAGCCAUUCAAAUCGUUAUGAAUUUUACCGAAAGUCUGGACAUCAGGGCACAGGCACACGCUUUCCUUCUGGAGUACAAGAAGGAAAUUUCCCUCUUGGCACCGUUCAGUUACUUUGUUAAUUGCGCUCUUCAAAUUUGGCCACUUGUCCAACUAAUGGAAUCCGACCCCACAUCCUCGAGGAAUUUAUAUAAUUACUACAAUGAAAGGUAA